AUGAGCAUCUCCACGACAGCCCCCACUGCCGCCACUACUAGCAAGGCAAACAACAAGAAUGCUAUUGCAACAGAACCUCCCGUUCGAAACUCCGUCUCCCGUUCCAAGGAACUCUUGUCGUGUGCCAAGACGGCCUGGAAAAUUCAACAACAACAACAACAACAACAACAAAACGAUCCAUCUACUCCGCCGUUGAUGGUUCCCAAUUUGCAAUUGGCUUCUUUGGAGGAACCUCCCUUUUCGUUGGUCAUAUUGGAAGAAGGUUUGACGUUGCUACGAGCCAUGGAUUAUGGGACCCAACAGCUUCAAAAGUUGGUCCGACGUCGUGGACACACCAACGAUCCGACGGUGGAAAUCUCCCAGUUGGUCCGACAAUUGGAACAAGACACCGAAGAAUUGACCGAUUUCUGCAAACAGCUAUUGGUCAAAUAUGGGAGAAAACGCAAGCAGGAACGAAAACAUUGGGAAUUUGUCGUCCAGUGGUUUCAACAAGUCGCUGCCAAAUAUUCCAAGCAGCUACAGGAAUGUUUGAAGUUGCGAGGGGAAGUCUUGGCCGAACAGGCCCAGCAACGACGAAAGUUGGUAGAUUCGUCAUCCUCCAACAAUGCCAAUGGCAACAACAAUACUAAUACAAACAAGAAGAAGAAAAAGAAGAAUACAAGUCUAGCAACGGGUGCUUCGAAUAGACGGGCCAAUGCGACUCCCUUGUUUGACAGUCCCUUGUUUCAAAACAACAAGAAAUCAUUGAACAAUAAUGCUACAUUGCGAGGAAAAGGGGUUCCAUCACCACCCAUACAAAGUGGUAGUGGAUAUGGUGCCUCGAAUGGUGGUGGUGGUGGUGGUGGUGGUUACAUCAAUAGUAAUAAUACCAAUGGAAGUCGUGCGGGCUAUGGUGGUGGCGGUUAUGGCGGUGGUUUCAGUGCUGCCAGUGGCGGAUAUGGAAGCACCGGAAUGCGACAACGCAAAAGUGCAGCAGCCUCCUCCCAUUACGGAAAUCAACAACAACAACAACAAGAAGUAGAAGAAGAGGAACAAAAGGUCCAAUACCAAAUUCAACAACGACAACAACAACGACAAACCCAACAACGAUUGGACGAAGCGAGACAAGCCGAAACGGCACUGGGCGAAUUAGGCACACUCUUUAGCAAAAUGUCCAAUCUCAUUGUCCAACAAGGAGAAACCUUGGAAAAGAUUGAAGACGACGUCGAGGCGGCCCAUGCGGAUGUCAUGGCCGGACAAGACGAAAUUGCCAAAUUGUACAGCAUCAAAAAGGGGAAUCGACCAUUGAUCAUCAAAACCUUUGCCAUUCUCAUCUUUUUGAUCAUUUUCAUGAGGGGCUACAAAAAUUAA